GUCCACCGUCAUGAAUUUACAUUAUUUUAUCAAGCAAAGCAAGAAGCAAGAAAGUUUUAAUUCGUGCGGUGCAUAGUUUCGUUGUUUAAAAUAUAUUGAGGCAAUCUCUUAAUAUAUAAAGACAGUGUAAAAUGCAUAUGUACAUAGUUUCCUAGAAAAUACUUGAUAAAUAUUGCUAACUAAGCUUAGUAAAGUAGGUAGACAAAGUAAAGUCUGCAUCCCAUCCACAUUCGAACAAUGAAAGUUACAGUUACUACUUUAAACGACGAAAUAUUCGUCUUAGACGUGUCAGAGGAUCUGGAAUUGGAAAAUUUCAAGGCAUUCUGCGAAAUAGAAUCUGGUUUUCCAGCAAAAGAUAUUACGUUGAAUUUCAAUGGCAAGCCUCUAUUAGACGACAAGAAAUCACUCAAGGAGCACGGGGUACACGAUGGAGACGUGCUGGUGCUGCUGCACAUGCUGCAACACGCGCCCGAAGUCAAUGCAACCGACUCCAGCCAAGCUUUACCGACAGGCCUGGCAAGCCUGGACUUCAGCAAUAUCCAAGUGCCACCUGGUGCCAGCACGGCAAGUACAUCAAUGGCAGCUCGGGGUCCACCUGUGGAAGAGGAUCCUCGUAUUAUUAGAGAAAUGUUUCUUGCAAAUCCAGACCAACUGGCACUCCUCAAACAGAACAACCCUAGACUAGCAGAUGCACUUACAAGUGGGAACCUUGAUACCUUUGCUAGUGUUCUGCGUGAACAAGUUUCUGCCAGAACUGAACGCCAACAACAAAGAAUAAGAAUGAUGAACUCUGAUCCAUUUGACACAGAAGCACAGAGAAUGAUUGCUGAAGAAAUCAGGCAAAAAAAUAUAGAGGCCAAUAUGGAAGCGGCUAUGGAAUACAACCCUGAGACCUUUGGAACCGUGGUGAUGCUGUACAUCAACUGUCAUGUCAAUGGCUUCCCCGUCAAGGCUUUUAUAGAUUCUGGUGCACAGACAACUAUUAUGUCCGCAGCCUGUGCAGAGAGAUGCAAUAUCAUGCGACUUGUUGACACCAGAUGGGCUGGCAUUGCUAAAGGAGUUGGGGUACAGAGAAUUAUUGGCCGCAUUCAUAUGGUGCAAAUGAGAAUAGAAAAGGACUUUCUUACCACAUCAUUCUCAGUUUUGGAGGAACAGCCAAUGGAUAUGCUACUUGGAUUAGACAUGUUAAAGCGACAUCAGUGUAAUAUAGACUUGGAGAGGAAUGUACUUCGCAUUGGAACCACAGGCACUGAAACCCCGUUCUUGCCAGAAUCAGAUCUGCCCGAAUGUGCCCGCCUGUCGGGCACCUCAGAGGAUGAAAUAGUCAACCAAUCCAUGCGGGACCAUGAAGAGAGACAAGUCAAAGAAGCAAUUGAAAAGUCUAAACAAGCAGGAAGCAGUCCAGCAGCGAGGUCUUCCGGCGCCCAGACUUCCGGCUCCGCGCCGACGCAGAGCUCUAGCCAGAGAAUCGUUUUAGGUGACCCCAGCCUGACCAUCUUGUCCACGGACUCAUUCGGCGAAACGGAGGUGGAGGAAAUCGUAGCCCUGGGAUUCACGAGAGAGCAGGCUAUAGUGGAGCUCCGCCGGUUUAACGGCGACAAGACGCAAGCCACUGUUGCGCUGUUCGCCAAGUCACUUAAGUUUUAAUCGGGAUGCGCUUUUUCCUAACUAUACUGUUUGGUAAAUAUAAAAAUAUCACUAGUAUAAUAACGGGAGCUAAGUUAUGUCGAGUGAAGGUUACAAUAAUUUGAAUGUCCUCGUCAUUUCCUCAAGUCUCGUUUGUACGGUGCGAUAACUCACAUGGGAGUUUCGUGUCUCACCGUCUAGACGAACUUUAUAGUUAUACAUUUUAUUUUGACCAAAUAGUUCUUAGUCACACUAGGUUGUAACGGUUUGGUUGGGUACUACGCUCGGAAAUAUAAAACACGAAAUUUACUUUUAUAUUAUGAUAUAGUUGUAAGUGGACGUGUUUUGGACUGAGAAUAAGGGUUUUAAUAGUAACUUAAGAAUUAAAUAACUCAGACCUUUACCAAAAGUAUUGAUCACAUGAAAUUUAAUUAAGUACAUGAUUAAUUGAUUAAUAAAUAGGUGGUUCUAUUUUGUACGAAUAGCGCACGAUGGUCAAUGUUUUUGGUAAAGGCUGUAUUUUAUUAUGGUAAGUUUUAAUAUCUUCAAACCAGCCCCGCGGCCGGAGUGGCUCGGUAACCAUUUCAUUCGAGCUACAAUCUUGCAAGUGUGAAUGAGAGGUACCAGCCCGAACUUAACUCUGCAGAUAUUGCAUAGAUGUCGGCGACCAUAAUAUGUUCAUAGUCUUCAUUAACUGCAUACUUUAUUAGAGUAUGAUAUUUUUUACUGAGAUAUAGUCAUUUAUUUACCGUAAACUUGUUAAACAUUACUUACUAUGUCCAGCAUUGCCUGCUGGUAGCAAUUGAAGUGUUACAAAUUCUGUAUAAAUCUCUAGAUGAUGAGAAUUGUCAUACAUUAAUACAUAAUAUUAUUUCCUAAAACUGUCGUAUAGAAAGCUGAUUUGAUAUCUUUUUAGAUA